AUGGCCACUCAAACACAAGUCACUACAUCGCGUUUAAAGGCUCUAGGAGCUGCGGCUGACAUCAAUCAAAAUGCCAAUCUCGCAAAGUUUACAGAACCGAGCGCCGAUGACGAAUAUGACAAUGCUGUUCAGCUGAUUGAAAGCAAGUUGGACAAAAUGGCAGCAGUCGACGCUCUGUUCACGGUGAAUCUGGGCUCCAAUCACCCCGGACUCCUGGUUGACGCUCGGAACUCUGGAAGGGCCACAAUGUCCCAGAUUACCGAUCGACAGCAAUGCGAUCUCGAGUCUUGCUCGGCCGAUCUCUAUGUGAGACCACAUAUGAUACAACGAUUUGUUGACGGUGUGAUGGAUGCGCGAUACGCACUCAACUGGGGUCACAUUUUCGCCAUCGGUGCUACACGAGUUGCCAUCAAGUUUGUCGACGUGCUCACCAGCUUCGAGGCUAUUCAUCCCAAGCUAGAUCCAUCCAUUAUCGACAAGUUGCCUCGACCCACCGAAGACGUUGGCCAGGUAAAGGCGGACUUGAGCAAAUGGGGGUAUGGAUUUGUCAAGAAUGCACUCUCACCUGAGGAGCUCCAAAAACUACAGAAGCGUCUCAAGGACCAAGCCCGCGGCGAGGCCGAGGCAGGUGUUGGGUUUUUCGAUGGCGGCGAAACGAUGCCUAACCAAAGACUGUGGUGUCUACACAACAAGGGUCAGGAGUUCAUAGAUCUCCUUGACCACAACAAGGUCCUUAAACAGUUUCUCCCGCCGCACUUGGGAGACGACGCAAUUCUCUUCAGCUAUACGGCAAACAUUGCCCGGCCAGGCAAUUCCCCCAUGUACCUUCACACAGAUCAGCUUACGAUACAGCCCCCUAUUCGGAACAUCAACUUCGGACUGAACUUCAUGUUCUUUCUCACCGACAUCACUGCGGAAAAUGGUGGGACGUUGGUGAUGCCAGGCUCCCAUACCGGCAAUUUUGCACCAGAUGAUCCAUACGAUGUCUCCGAUUGUGUUGCAGCCGAAGGACCCGCCGGGACGUGCAUGGUCUUUGAGAGCCGACUAUGGCACGCCACCGGACCCAAUCGAACGCCAGGAAGCGAGAGGCCAGUGAUCAUUGUAUUCUUCAUGCGCCCGUUCAUUCGACCGCAAGAGAACUUCUUCUUCUCUUUACGGCCUGGUCUCGAAGAGAACUUGAGUGACAGGGUCAAGGGGUUUCUUGGAUACAGAAGCACUGGAAGCAUUGGUGGUGUGGAAGGGAAGACGAAGGACGGAACAUUUGUGAAGAAAUUGGAAAACCCGGUCGGAAUCCUCGGGGGCGAAAGUGUACCGCUCAACUGA